AUGGCAGAGAGCACUGCGAGAUUCACAACUAUUGGUGGCGGAGGCGGUGGGGGUGGCAAGCCCUUACACGACGGCAUACAUACCACCAACCGUGUCUGCCCGCUCUACAAUGCGACAGAACAUCAAGGUCAGCUGUGGAAUGUUGCAAGGACGUAUAAACGGACACGGAAACCUGUUCCUCCCUUGAUCGAGUUGGAUAUCAGUCAGGGCGGCGCCUUAGAAAAAGAGCUGGACGCAUCUUCUAUCACACUCUCACCGCCACCUGAACUGCGCCACCUAAACCCCAAACCCGAGCCACGCCUCCGAAAGCAGAGACAAGUGUCACGACCAUUCAUCACUGAUCGUAUCGAAUGGGCGGCUGUGGAAUACGACACGACCAAGUCGCCUGGCCGUGGAUCAAUCUGCACUAGAGACGAUAUCGGGGAUAAAUUGUCCCAGCGGGGCGAUGAGUGGAUCAUAGGAGAGCUUUGCGCGAGAUGGGGGUGGACGCCGGAGGAUCUUCUCAGAACGAUACAGCUUCCUCUGCCCCACAGGCCAAGGCGUCUGGUCCCAAACGAUCGAAGCACAAAGCACCUCCGUACACAGGUUAUAGUUCGCGUUCUCCCGGGCGCUGUGGGGCUGCUGAAACCAACGCGGAUAAAUAACACGUUGCUGGAUGAAUGCAAAGUGUCUCAGAUGGUCCAGAGAUGCUUGAAGGCGAUGGGUUGCGAUUGGAAGGAACGGUGCCGGAUGAUGGCGCAAAGCGAUGUCAUUGGGCACGUCACCUCAUACGACGCGCUCCAGCGUUGCAAACAGGUCCGGAAGCUCUGGGACUCUAUGAAGAUACCGUUGGCAAAGGAGCGUAGCCAAUUGGAUCGCGCGCUUGCAAUGGUGAUGGAGGCCAAGGGUAAGGACGAGACCGAUGAGGGAAGAUGGAGAGAGCAGAGGAAUGACAGGAGAAAGGCACUGAUCACGUUCGUCGAGCGCGCUCAGACCGAAUGGAGGUGGCGUCUGCGGGUGGCCAAGCUUGACGAGAGCGACUGGACAUCCGGAAAUAUAACAGAGGAAGAGAGGGCCAUCGUUGAAGCAAUCAUGGCCAUGCCGCGAUACAUCGACGAGAUUGAAGUAGCCCCACCAGCGCCCCCAGUACCAGUAAAGAGGUCAAUCUCGUCACUGCCGUGGCACGAACGGCCGCAUGGCCCGCCACUUAAACGGUCGGCGACAACGCCGACUGUAGCCACUAUUGCGCCUCGCCCAAGAAACACCACCAACGCCAAGGCGAGUUCAAGCAAGGUCACGUUGGACGAUGAACUCGAAAGGGAGGCACUGCAAUUCGCGGAGGUUCCUCAGGCCAACGAUGAGCAGAGGUGCCGCCUGCGGUCGCGGGGAUUCUUCACCUACGUAAAGGUCAUCAGGGAAUGGGCUGAGGAAGAGGCGCAGAAACAGCUCGAGAGCAGACGGUGGGAGGUGUUCGGAGAUUUGCCUGAUGAUGAGAUGGAGCUCGAGGCCUUGACCGACAUGCACUUGCUGGUCUUCCAAGGAGUCUAUCGCCAAGCUCGCCUUCUUCUCCAAGAUGCAUAUCAGCAGCACAUCGGGGAACAUGCGAAGCUCAAGGAGUCUUCAACCCACCUGAUUAAGAAUCAGCACGUCUCCCGACAUUCAUCAGGGAUUAGGUUCGAGGAGGUUGCUCAGCGCGUACGUGUCGACACUCGGAAGGCGAGGGCCGACCAGCAGAGUCAGAUCGAGGCCAAUUUUCUGGCCACUAUCAUCAAACCAGACUUGAGCGAGCGGGAUCGAGUGCGUAUGAGUGCAGAGUACCAGCGAAGAAGGGGAGAACAGGAGAGCAAAGUCGAGCGGGAGAUCGAGCGCAAGGUGGCCGUUGCUAAAGAGAAGUGGCUUGCGGAGUUGGAGGAGUACAUCAUCAGCCGUCAAGACGAGGAAGGAGGGAGGAGGGGCUCGAAAGGCUGUAUCUGGGUCAAAGAUUGA